CAUCAUCAGCGCAAGAAGGUUUUCGUGACUUUAAUAUGCGUAGCAGCAGUUCACAGAAGAAUUAGCUGUAGAACGCAGAAUCACAUGUUGCAGAUAGAAAAAGGAUCAACUGAUUCAACAUGGCUCAAGUAACAAUCUUGGCUGGUUUGUCCCUUUUGAUUUGUCUUCAAGUUGUGUCUUCAACCAAACUGGCAUGCUACUUCACCAACUGGUCCCAAUACAGACCGGGUGCUGGGAGAUACAUUCCUGAAAAUGUAGACCCCAACCUGUGCACACACCUGAUCUACGCCUUCUCUGUAAUCAGCCCCUCAAAUGAGAUAACAAUGUACGAGUGGAAUGAUGAUGUUCUUUACAGAUCCUUCAAUGCCCUCAAGAACAGAAACCCCCAGCUGAAGACUCUGUUGGCUGUUGGUGGCUGGAACUUUGGCACUGCACAGUUUACCAUCAUGGCUUCAACUCCUGCCAGUCGCCAGACAUUCAUCCAGUCUUGCAUCAGAUUCUUGAGGCUGCACGGCUUUGAUGGACUUGACCUGGACUGGGAGUAUCCUGGAGCACGGGGAAGCCCACCAGAGGACAAGAAGAGAUACACAGUGCUCUUACAGGAAUUACUUGCUGCCUUUGAAAAAGAAGCUACUGAGACCAAACAACCACGGCUCUUGCUCACAGCUGCAGUGGCCGGUGGGAAGGGGAACAUUGACAACGGCUACGAGAUUGCCGAUGUGUCAAAGUUUCUAGACUUUAUAAAUGUCAUGACCUAUGACUACCACGGAGCUUGGGACCCAUUCACUGGUCAUAACAGCCCUCUGUACCGCAGCUCCGUCGAUUAGGGUGAUAACAUAUAUUACAAUGUGGAUUUUUCUAUGAAAUAUUGGAGGGACCAGGGAGCUCCUAUGGAAAAGCUCUUAGUCGGUUUCCCCACAUAUGGACGCACAUUCACCACAUCAACAGCUGCUAAUGGUCUUGGAGCUGCAGCCACAGGACCAGCGAGCGCUGGGCCUUACACCCGUGAAGCUGGGUUUUGGUCUUACUACGAGAUUUGCACAUUCAUCCAAACAGGCAGCAUAAAGUGGAUUGAUGAGCAAAAGGUGCCCUAUGCCAUUAAGGGCAAUGAGUGGGUUGGCUUUGAUAACAGGCAGAGCUUUGAAAUCAAGGCACAGUAUGUGAAAGACAACAGAUUUGGAGGAGCAUUUGUCUGGUCUCUGGAUCUCGAUGACUUUGCUGGACAGUUCUGUGGACAGGGACAUUAUCCUCUCAUUAGUUAUCUGCGCACUCUUUUGAAUUCAGAUUCUCCACCACCUCCACCGGUAACCACACAUCCACCACUCGUCUCUACGAUCCCUCCUGGCCCAACAGCUACUACCACUACUACGGCUACUACCACUACUGCUACUACUGCCAAAACAACCUCAAGUCCUGUUUCUGGAAGUGGAUUCUGCGCUGAAAAGCCAGAUGGCCUGUAUGUAAAUGAUGAGGAUCCCCACACCUUUUAUCAGUGUGUCCAUGGACAUGUCUACAUCCAGACAUGUCCAAAUUAUCUUGUUUACAGUGAUGCAUGCAAAUGCUGUACCUAAUUGACACUGAAUAAAAGUUGUCUUGAUCUAGCAAAAA